UGGAUGCCAUUGAAUUCUACGAAUAUCAUCUUAGGAAAAAGCAAACAACACGACAAAACUGAAAUAGUAGGAGCGAAAAUGCGAGGUUCAGUGUUGUGUGAAACGUAGGUGAUUCCAAAGCUAAACGUUAACCUAUGUGGUAGAGACAUGAAGCUUUCAAAUGAAUACAAGGACGUAUAUCAAUCCAUAGAAAUCAACCAAUCCGCAAACCAACCAGUAAGGGAUUAUGUCCGUAAGGGUAAUGAUGAUAGAAAAAGAGAAAGAUGACAGAAAAUCAGCGAUCGUUGUAUUGGAUGAAAUCAAGGUCUUCACGGAGAAGAACGGCGUUGAACCGUUACGGUGUGCUCUACGUGAUGUGGGUUGUGUUGGUCCAAGGGAUGAGGUUCUGGUUCUCAUCAUUCUCAAUUGGAGCCACCAACUCCAUCUCCUGUUAAUACAGGAUAUCCAUGUUGUUUAGGAGAUAAUCGAAAUAAUCAUCAAUGUGAUCAAGGAGAUUCGUAUAUCAAGCUCCUCCACGAAGAGAUCAAUCAGAGAACUGACGGUUACGUGAGGAUCUUCAGGCCCUUUUGUGAUAUUUGCAAAAGCAGUGGAGUGAAGUUUCAGGUGAAGAUUAUGGCUGGCUUUCAACCAAAUGCCAUUGUGGUGGAGGAGGCAAACCAUGCCAAAGCCAAUUGGAUUGUUAUGGACAGGUCCUUUGCCAGGGACGAUUAUUUCCACCUGAGUGAAACAAAUUGCAAUUUCUUCUUUGUGAGUGCUGAUGAAGUGGCUGUGGUCUACAAGUACUCACACCAUGGACCGGAGACUUCAGAAGCCAAAUAUGGAAAAUCCACUCCAAAAUGUUCAAAGUUAAUUAGCAAAUCACUUUAUCAACAAGAGGUGCUACAUAUUCAUUGGACCACACCAAAUUAUGGAGGCGAUUAUAAUCAAUCCUUCCAUCCAUCUCUUCUUGCAAGUGGCAAAGAUGAAAUUUGCAGAGAGAUUGACUCAUCCGAGCAAAGAGAGAAUGUUGAAAAGGGGAAGUCUCCAUGGAAGGAGACUGUUCUAAAGGGCAAUAUCUAUGCCAGAGAAUUUUCUGAGGUCAAUCUUCUCCUACGUGUGCCAGUGCAACUAAGCUGGGAAGUAAUUUUAAGCAUAACAAGCAGGACUAGAUGUAUGGUUUUUGUGAAUCAAAGCGAGGAUGUUGUCAUGUAUAGCGGUUGUUUAACUGAUUGUCAGCGCCAAGUUACAGUGACAAAGUUCACUGGAGAUUUUUAUGAUGUUGUUGAAGCAGAAAAAAAGGCGGCAAUGAGUAUAUAUCACAAAAAUAUUUUGGGGUUGAUGGGUUACCACAGGAAUGAAAAUUCUACCUUUCUAGUGUUCCCUAGUGCAAUAAGAGGGCCACUUGACAUAUUUCUCAAUGGCUCAAAGGGAAAACAGGCGGAAUUGGCAUUUCGAGAAAAAAUGAAGAUAGCUGUGGGAAUUGCUCAAGGUGUUCGAUACAUGCACGACGAGAACCCUCUAGGCCCCAUUGUUCAUGGUGACUUACGACCGUGCAAUAUUUAUCUCACAUAUGACUUCCAGCCGCUGAUUACUAGCUUUGGGAAAGCCACAUGGCUGCAGCAAGAACAUUCGUCAGCAAUUGCUAAUAACAGGUGCUGGCACAAGGAUCGUUUGGACCCAAAAUCACUGGCUUCAGUAAAAUCCGACAUCUUUUCCUUUGGAGUUCUUCUCGUGAGGCUGUUCUGCAGAAGAUCUGCCCCACAAGACGACAAAAAAUUGGUUGAGUGGGCUCGACCAUUGCUGUCACAAAGAGCAUACCAUAAGCUAUUGGAUGAAGAGGUGGAGGACGUGGACAUGUAUGGGAUGUAUAAGUUGGUGUGUGCUGCCUCUCUGUGCAUAAAGACCAAGCCACUUUCACGAUCCUGUAUGAGUGAGGUAAUUUCCUUUCUUACUGGAGAAACUUAUUGUGCUAUGCAAUCAUCACCAUCAUCAGAGGGCAGUCCAGUUGUGGACUUGAAGAGAGAGAGCAUUAGUGCAGUCUAAUAGUCCAUUGAAUUGCUGAAAUAUUGUCAAUGUUCAGUUAUUAAAAUUCAGCCCAGUAUUCAGAGGUUGCAGGUUCGAAUAUGAAAAUAGAUACUUUGUAUAAAUAAUGUUUUGUGUAUCCUAUCCCUCUCCCAUUCCUUCAUAAUGGGACUAAACUGUGUCAUUUUUUUAUCAGGCUAGGAGAAACAUAGAAAG